CACAACUUCGCUUGGCUCUACAACCGCUAGAACACAGUGCUAGUACGAUCUUGAACUGAAAUUUUGGCAGGUAGCUUUCGGUGGAAGUUCUCCACAUGCGACACAAACUAACUGCAAUGUCCUAUGUCGGAGUCUUGAACGAUAGGUACACCUUCUAGUUGCGAGAAUGAAGUCCGGAGUGCUGAUAGUGGUGUUCAUUGUAGGUGUUUUCGGGGUAAUACCCCCGCACACUGGAGCAACACCAACAGCCUCAUCAGUCUGCACAUCAUGCCUAAGUCCUAAAAUUAUGACCAUUGCUAAUCAUAAUAAGCUGACAAGCGCGACCGGUGCUGGACCUUUUCUGCAACCGCGGACAAUUAUUCCUUUCCCGAACAUAUCCUUCUACAGUAGCUGUUCAUUUGUCCAGAUUGAUAUUACUGCAGAAGAGAUUGGACAAUCCUGCAACGCAACGUUAGUGCUAUUGAAGGAAUUCCCUGGUAAAAAGUAUCAGACCGCCUCUAAACUCAUUCCACCUAGUAAACGUAUGGCGUACAUUGCAACGUGGACUGGGGUGCGCCUUCAGAACUACAUUUCUUACAACAGCAGCGCUAUUGCAGCCUACAUCAUUGGAAUGACACUGCAAACCAACUGCCAGUUGAAUGCAAAAGCUACGCCACAGGAAGUCACGUGGAUCUUGCCACAAGGUAGUGCACCAGAUGUCUUACAGACGUAUACCCUUGGUGCUGCACUGGAGCCUCGUGUCACGAUGACCAUCCGUGCAUCCAAUGCGUGCGAACAAUCUGCAAGUGACAACUGCCAAACACUCUAUCAAAGCUGUCCUGGGUUAGGAGCAACUGGUAAAAUUGCCUUCCAAUACUAUUGCAGUACUGCAUCGCACUACGCCUGUCCGGCAACUACUAUGGUGCAGUCGACCACAACACAAACUGCACCAUCUGCUCUUCCCAGCACGUCCACAGCGACUACAGUUCCUGCUAUCAAACCUGCAACCACACUGGAAACCAACUCUACCGCAAAGAGCGAUGACACUGAAGGGAACAGCACAGAAUCUGCCUCAAUGACUGUCUCAUCACCUACAACAUUGCCACCAUCCAAGCAGUCGACAUCAGCCGUAGAAUCCACAGCAGCGUCUAUGCUACAUGUGGCUAUAUCGCAGCCAGCAGUGUACAUCGGUGUUGCAUCCGGGAUUCUCCUCAUUAUCACAUGUGUGGUGGUGCUGGUUUGUUACUUGCACUGCAGAAAGAACAAGAAAAUGUUUAACAUGGUGAAACGCAAGCUGCCUUCAAUCGUGUCAGUUGCUGGACUUGGUAUGAGACACAGGAGUGGAACGGAUAUUAACCACUAUGAAACAGUUCCAUGCCGCAACUCCGAAGGCGGUGAGCGAUUUGAAUCACUCUCCGAACCCAAUGAGCAGCCACCUCCAGAACUACCAGAGCUACACAGAACGGAUGACACUGUAGACGUAGGGCAAACAGCAAGAAGUCAGCGAUCAAGAAGACUAAAAGCGCUUCACAAUAUGCCGCGGGUGAGUGAGGACACAGCGACGCCAGACUCCAGUCCGGAGCACGAGAUAUCAGCAGAGUGCCCUGGUGAGACCAGAGAACGACUUCUCAAGGCGAAGCCAUCCGCGGCGGCUGAAAGGCGUGCAGUGCUUCGCAGUCCAGGCUCGGCGUCGAUUGAAUCGAACACCGACUAUGGUCGGCAACAAGAUUUCUGGAGGAUCGCAAAAACGGGAAGUGAAUUAUAUUGCACUCCAGAGACCUUAAACUCUGGUGACAUGGAGAGUGCACAGGUACAGCGACGUGCUUCCACCGUUAGUACCGCCACGUGUCCCUCCGUAUGUCCAAGCGACUAUCUGCUGCCAUCGGAGCUGCUGUCCGCUGUGGAUGAAACUCCAGAAAAGCGCAUUCCAGUGACCCGCCGCACCAGCAUAGAAGUUCGAGAAAAGCUCUCGGAAACUAAUGACUACCUGUGCCCGGCCGAAGUGGUGGUGAGAGUGCGUACGCCCAGUACCACGGUACCACCUCAAACCAAGCAAUCACGACAAUCCUCACUCUCUACACCAUGUUACGAGCUAGUUACGGAAUUUCCUGCCGACACACGAAAGACACGCAAACCGUCUGCAACGCCAUCGCUGACAACGUACGACACACCAGGGGAGAUACUUCAGCAAACCAAAACACCAGAUGUUACACGUGCCAGUUACGAAGAUAUCUUGCCAGAGCCAGGGAAUAGCAAGCCACGACUGUCGCGUUUCGUCGCCAACAAACUCCACUCUAGCACAAAAUCCCAGCAGCGCUCAUUCAAACGUUCCAAUCCACCAUCUCCUCACGCAUACGAAAUGGUUGAAAUAACACCGACAAUGUCCCGUGCCACUCAGCCUCACACUGGAACCCUGGAGGAACCAACCGUAGCACAGCAGGCCCAGCUACACGUGCAGCAGAGUUUCGAAGACGACGCACCACAGUUCAUUGAUCUAGGGUCGGGCAUACCAGCCAACGUGAUUACCUCAUCAACAACAGCCAAUGACGUCAUUGUCAACCCAGUAGCCUUUCUACAAAACGGGAAAUCCCUAGAGGGCGACAAUGAGUACAUGAAUGUGUCGCUCGAUGAUGAUUCACUGCUCGCUGCCAUGACAAGAGGACCUGACUCGGGAAAGCGGCUAAGCAACCGAAGAAGCAGCCUGCCUGGUGUACAUGAGCCAAAACUUGCUGAUAAAAGCGUCUCCAAACUCUAACAGUUCCCUCUCCAUGUGUUGGCAGUAAUGGCAGUGUGCCGAGUAAACAUAAAAUAAGAACAGUAAUCAACUCGGCUAUAAACUAUAAAUGCACAAGAUGAGCUCUUUGCUACACUUUGUUGCCUGUCUCCCAACAUUUGAGAAGCAUGCUAUUGAACAAUGUCUCACUCAAUGCAUUAUUCAGGUCAAGUUACCUUCAAUAAAAUGAGAAUUGUAGACUCCAGAACUAAAUAUUGCGACAGAGAUUUCGGCCAUAUUUUCAAUUCAUUGCAUUCCCAACUCAUCACAGCCACGCGCUCUUCAGCCGAACCAUACAGACACCAGCAAGGACACUUCCGUUGAGUGUCUGUAAGGUUCGGCUGAAGAGCGCGUGGUUGUGAUGAGUUGGGAAUGCAAUGAAUUGAAUUGUAGACUCCGCUAUAAUUUAAAAAAUGCAUCAGUUGAGCUCUUUUCCAACUUUUUUUACCUUUCCCACAGCGUCUGUGAAGCAUACAAUUGCACAACACCCAACUCAGUGUAUUUUUCUAUGAAAAUUGCCUUUCCACAUACAUGUACCAGAUCACGGACAGGGAUCAUGCAUACAUCUAACUCUACUGGAUUAGAAUUACCCCAACGAUGGACGAACGCAUCAAAAUAGGCCUUGAUGAUAUUCAACCAAAUCUUCUUCCGUUAAGGUAUUCAAAUGUUUGUUUUUUCUUCUAUAUUUUUGUGGUAAUUGUGUGUUGCUCCCUACGUGGCCUUUCCUGCCGACUUGAAUUCUCACUUGACAUAAUUCUAUUUUGUGGUACAUGGUAUAACACAUUGAUUUCCAUGCUACAGUAAGCACAAGACAGAACCCAAAUUUAGGUCUUUAGCACCUCAUAACGACAUGCACACCAAGGCCCUUUUUUGGCAACAUGUAUUCACGAGAAAGCUUCUGCCAGUUUAUUAAUAUUCUUUUUGAUUUUAAUGAAUUUUGCCCAACUUUCGCUAAUAGGUUAUGGCCCGGUACCCAUGCUAUCGGCAAACCUGAUAAUUAUACUGCGGAACGGCUAAUUUUAACGGGUACUUGUACAUUUUUUC